AUGAUGGUUGUUCCUCGUUGGUGCUAUGGAAGGCAUGACGGAUGGGCGAGUUUGGUGGAUAGGUGGCUCGGCGCCGAUGCAGAGUUUUCUGCCAAGAGCAUCAAGGCCCGGGCUAAACGUGGAGACGACGGGACACACGGCCAAGGAAACUGGAACCACUGGGGCUUCAAGGCCAUGAAGGAGGACAAGUUGAAGAGGCCGCUCUCAGACAUGGAGUCAUGGAAGCUGGCCCGCGAGCGGAGUCAUCGCAAGGAGGGCGAGAGCCAGUACUACGGCAAGACCGAGGAGCACCUGGGGUCUUACAUUCAUCACUAUCAGGAGUUGCAUCCGGAUGUUCCUGUUGCUGAGGUCGCCCAGUCUCAGAUCGACGACACGGCGGUGGUGGCCAUCCAGGGGAAGAAGAAUGGCCGGUAUCCGUGUUUCGAUGGCUUGAUCACUCCUUCGAUCUCGUACACACGGCUUCGGGCUAGCAACACGAGCCACAUACUGUAA